UACUAUUGUUAACGAUCUUCUUUUUAAACUUAAUCGGAAGUAUAAGAGAAACCUUUUUUUACUUCUUAGCUGUAUCUGCAGGGUUGGUAGCUAUCGAUACGUUACCUUGCUUAAUUGUAGCAUUGCUGUUUUUCCUUCUGUUUUUAUUUUGUCGGUCUUUAACCUAGGUUUCUUCUAUUUAAUUCUUUUAUGGAAGCCUUGGGUGAACUGCCUUCCAUUGUAGGCGUAUGAUGUGACAUUUUCCGGCCAAAGUGUUUAUUUAAGGACUGACACGAAAACUAGCUUUCAUAUGUGUACCAUUUAUCUUCAAAAAAGUUCACCUGUUAAGUUUAAAACUGGAUUGGGUCUGUGAUAGUUUAUCUCAGACCCCAGACAGACAAUCUGUGACGGGCAAGUGGCAAAGGGACUAGCCGACGUCGCAAUUUAAUCUGUGGCCAUAACCGGUACCCACAGUAACUUUUUUACUUUUUUCAGUUAGCAAGAGGCUUUUUUGUUUUGUAAUUCGCACCGGGCAAUGGCGUCAGUGGGAGAAAAGAAAUUUUUAUAAAUAAUUAUAUGCACCACCAAGCUUAAUACAAAUAAUCGCCCGUGAAUAGUAAAAAACAAACAAACAAAAAAAACACCUAGGUAAUACUAUACAGUAUAUCACCACAUUAUCUUUGUCUCCCUAUAAAAUAAUUCAUACUUUUCCUUUAAGAUACUAUAGCAAGAUGUUUAAAAGGUUUCCUUUUUUCCCCUCUCAACCAACCUUGUAAGAUUAAAAAUUAUAGUGAUGAUUGACAUCGGGGUUAAUCAAUGAACAGUGUCGUGGGCGUGGUCUUUGGUAAUAACAGCCAAUAAUAGCUAAGUGGGCGUCGGCUCUUUUUCUUGCUUUUUUUUUUUUUUUUUUUUUUUACCUUAAGUUGUUGAGUUGUACUCCAUAGUGAAAAGAAGAGAGGAGUAGAAAGGGGAAAUUGGGGACGAUUCCGUCGGUGGGAUAUGGCUCAGGAGACCAACCAGACGCAGGGGCCCAUGCUCUGUACCACUGGCUGCGGUUUCUAUGGGAACCCCCGAACCAAUGGGAUGUGCUCGGUGUGUUAUAAGGACUAUUUACAAAGACAGAACAACAGUGGCAGAGUUAGUCCCUCAGCCUCAUCCGGGGUCAGCGCGUUGGGGGAGUCCCUGGCCACGCCUCGCACGGACAGCGGCGUCCUGGUGCUGGCACCAGCGUCGCCCUCGGCCACUGGCACCCUGGAGUCCAGCAGCAGUGUCAUAUCCAGCCAGAAUCUGUUAUCACAAGCGUCCGUUACACAUUCUGAAGAGGACGACUCAACGGGGGACAAGGCAAGGCCGAGAACGGACCAUUUACAGGCGUCGGUGCCAGAAAACACAGAGCGGGGUUCUGCAGAGGGCCAGGAAUCGUCCCCCGAUAGACCCAAGCAGAAGAAGAACCGCUGUUCGAUGUGCCGCAAGAAAGUGGGCCUCACAGGCUUCGACUGCCGCUGCGGAAAUAUGUUCUGCGGGAUCCACCGGUACUCGGACAUGCACGGCUGCACCUUUGACUACAAGGCCGACGCCGCCGAGAGAAUCAGGAAGGACAACCCUGUCGUCGUCGGAGAGAAAAUCCAGAAGAUCUGAGAAUGUCUGCCCAACCCCCCAAGAUUAAAUUCUUCACGGAGAUCUCAGCAAUACCCCUCCCCCCUUCCGGCCCUUUAAAUCAUGCAUGUCACCUCAAAAAACAUGCCUAUUUGAACCUCUUAUUCAAAGUGUUUCCUUUGAAGUUUUUUCACUUUCACGUUUUUUUUUUUGUGAGUCGUGUCAUAUGAUACCUACUCGGGUUUAUGUGAUUUUCCUGCCAUUUUUAACUUAGCGUGUCCGUUUCCUCGCAGUACGUUACGGCAGCAGAGAGACUGAAAUUCGAUGUGGAUAAGAUUGCAUGGUGCCCCGCCCCUUUACUUUGUACUGUGUAUAUAGUUUUCCUAUAUUUCAGCACAACUUUUUCUGAUAGUGUUUUUAAGGCACUAAUAGGUAUUUAUCACUGAAUGUAUUCAAAUGCGUGUGGCUGAUCCUUUUUGCUCUACAUUAACAAAACGAUUUUUGCAAACGUUUGCGUAUUUUUCUGUGUAUGAUCUAGAGGUAUGAACGUGUGUGCGUGAGCGGUAUGGACUAGACUGUUUGCAUUUCACUGUUGGCUGUGAGUUUUAUUGGGAAAAUAUAGUUCAUUUAUAUGAAUGCACAAAAGAUGUAUAACCCGAAAGAAUUGUGCUGUAUUUAUGUUAGUUAAUUCACUGCAUAACUUUGAUCUCAAUAAAGUUAAUUUUAAUUUUA